AUGGUGUCCGUGCAGUUCAAGGAGGGGGUCCAGAGCUUGCUUCCCUCCCUCCUCCCUGGGCUCCUGCUGCAGCUCAGCAAGGCACUGGGCGAAGAGAUGCUGUUUGCGCCCCUCAGCCCCUGGAGAGGGCAUGCUGAGGAUCAGCGGCAAGAGGGCAACGUGUGCAGGCCUUUCUGCGAAACUCUAAUGUCAGUGCUGAGCAAAUGUGCUGAGAAGAACUGGCUGACACUGUUCUGGAGGCAGAAAAUGUCGGCGCUGCUGGAGAGCCCCCGCACUUAUGCCGAGGGCAUGUGCCUCCUGACGAGUGUCCUGCUCCGUGCCCAGCUCAUCUCCCAGGAGCUGAUUGAGAUCUUCUCCCAGUGGCUGCACCACCCAUCAGCAAACCUGCAGCUGACGGCCAUGGCUUUCUUUGCUGAGCUGAUGAAGGAGCCGCCUCUUGAGAAGAGGAACGUCCUGAAGACUCUGCGUGUCUUGGCUGAGAAAGCACAGCACCGAAGCAGCACCAUAAGGCAGCUGGCAGCAAGAGCUCUGGGCAACGCAGCCGGCAGCGUGCCCGUGGAGGUGCGGAAGCACGGGAGACAAGUUGUCCAGGUGCUGCAACAGAGCCUGGCGGACACUGCCUGUCCCGAGGUGGUUGCAGAAAGCAUGCUGGCGCUAGCUGAGCUCGUGAGGGUGCUGCAGGCGGUGAACUUGGGAUCGGCCUUUGAAGACAUCGCCAGGGCCACCAAGAUGUUCUUCGAGUCUGAAGAAGAGUACCUUCGCUACUCGGCCUUGCGCCUCUAUUCAGUCCUGGCCUCCUCAGCCUCGAGCAAGCGGUCGUUCUUUGCCGGAGAAGUGGCGGAGACAUGGGUCAGCCUUUUCCUGCACCUCCGGGAUCCCGACUUUGCAGUUGCCAGCAUGUGCAAGAUCACCUUCAGGCUCUGUGUUCCAUUUAUGGGGCUGAGGCGGCCACGGGAGAUCAUCUCUCUCUGCAAGAGGCUGGGUGCACAAGAGCUGCAGGAUGCGCUCUGCACUUACCUGGCCAGAUACGCCCCCCCAGAGUUGGAGAGGCUCCGUACCGUAGCCAGGAGAGGCUGCCUAGAGAAAGGGCAGAGGCUGCACCCAUCGACCUUCGAAAUCCUUGGUGAGAGCCCGCACUGGAACUUCCCGCUCCCUUUCCUGACCAGAGAGCUGUAG